AUGCCCAUCGGAGAGAACAAAAACUCUGGAGUCGCUGGAGGCGUGACUGCUGUCACCUCUACAAUCGGCAACGGUGUCGGUGGCCUCUUGGGCACUGUAGGAGGUGUCACUGGAGCUGCUGCUCGAGGAAUCGGCAACACUGUAACUGGAGUCACCGGCAACACUGGCAAGCCACUUGGUGAUGCUUUGGCUUCUCUCGGAAAUGGUGUCGAAGAUGGGACAAACAACAUUGCUCGUGGAGUUGAGGCUGCUGGCCAAGGCAAGAAGGCUUGGUAA